GGCAGCUGAUUCUCCCUUGAUACUCUGAUACUCACCAUCACCAUCACCAUCACCGUCUCCUCUAUCCUAUUCGUAGUCUAGACCUGCCUGCCCCUCUCCACCAUGUCUGCCAACGUCGGCGGCAUCAAGGUCUUCAGCGGUGGCAGCCACCCUGAGUUGGCCCAGAAGAUCGCACGGAGACUGGGCCAACCUCUCGGCAAAGCGACUGUCACCCGCAAUGAGUCUGGCGAAUCGAUCAUCCGCAUCGCAGAGUCUGUACGAGAGCACGACGUCUACAUUAUCAAUACCGCCUGCUGCUCACCCACGCCCUACGGUACCUCGGCAUCGCCCAACACCUCGCUGAUGGAGCUGCUGAUCAUGAUCCACGCCUGCAAGACUGCCUCUGCCCGACGUAUCACUGCCGUCAUCCCCCACUUCUACUAUGCCCGACAGGACAAGAAGGACAAGAGUAGGGCUCCCAUCACAGCAAAGCUCAUGGCAAAUAUGAUCGAGAAUGCCGGCUGCGACCACGUCAUCACAAUGGACCUUCAUGCGAGUCAGAUCCAAGGCUUCUUCAAUGUGCCCGUAGACAACCUCUAUGCAGAGCCAGCCGCACUGCAGUACAUUCGGGAAAUGGUAGACUGCUCAAAGGCAGUCAUCGUGUCCCCAGACGCAGGUGGAGCAAAGAGGGCGACGUCCCUGGCAGAUCGACUCAACGUCGAAUUCGCACUCUUUCACAAGGAGCGCAAAAAGGCAAAUGAAGUGUCCAGGAUGGUACUUGUUGGUAAUGUUCAAGGCAAGGCAGCGAUCCUGGUCGACGACAUGGCCGACACUUGCGGUACACUGGCCCUCGCAGCCGAGCGGCUAGCAGAGUGCGGUGCAGAGAGCAUCCUCGCCAUUGUCACCCACGGCGUACUUUCGCCUCCAGCACUAGAAAGAAUCAUGAGUAGUAAGCUGGAGAAGCUCAUCGUAACCAACACCAUUCCUCAAAGCGGAAAUAGGAGGAAAUGUCCCAAGAUCGAAGAGAUCGACAUCUCUCACGUUCUUGCAGAGACGAUCCGCCGCUCUCAUUACGGCGAGUCUGUUUCGGUCCUCUUCAACCAGAUUCCUUACGACACAACUCAACCCUACCGCCAUGGGCAAGACACUACCUCUGGCAUGGAUGAGAACGCUCCUGCCUCUCCUUCGGGUGCUCGUCAGCCUGCCAUGAGUCGAUCAGAUAUAACAUCUCCUUCUGCCUCCGAAGCAUACUUUCCCCCGAGUAGCUACAAUGACCCCGAUCCACCUGCGAGGGAGAAUUACUUUGAAGAGGACAGGAGGGAAGCUGCCAGUGCCGGCGGCAGUGGUGCAGCAGGAAGCGGCGGAGCAGCCAGUGGAGCCACUAGGGCGCCGUGGGAGGCCAGAGCGGAGUGGGGCCAACAAGGUCGGGGGAGUGGAGGAGGAGAUCCGAAUGAGACGCCACGGCUGAGGCAUGCGGAUGCUCCCGGCCAAUGA